UCCAGCACUUGUUUAACUAAAGCUAAUUUUUUGAGUGUGAGCAUUCUGCCUAUAUAAAUGGCUAAGUUCGGUGACUUGUGUGAAUAAAAAGAUUUUCUUUUUCCUCUGAAAUUCCCUAUCUCUACAUUUUGAAAGCAGAACUAGCUGAGCUAAGCUUAGUUACGGCGCUACUAGAAGUGCAUUCCGAGAUGAUUCUUGUGCUGUUAUGCUUUGUGCUGCAAUUAAUGGCAAUCAUCAUCAGCGUCCAAGGACAAGCAGCAGCAGCAGGAGGAGGAGGAGGCAAUGUAACGUACGAUGGAAGAUCCUUAAUCAUCAAUGGCCAACACAGAAUUCUCUUCUCUGGUUCCAUCCAUUAUCCUCGCAGCACUCCUCAGAUGUGGCCAGCUUUGAUAUCCAAAGCCAAGGAGGGAGGUCUAGACGUUAUACAGACCUAUGUUUUCUGGAACCUCCAUGAACCCGUACAAGGACAGUAUGAUUUUAGCGAAAGAAAGGAUAUAAUAAGGUUCAUGAAAGAAAUCCAAGCUCAGGGUCUAUAUGCUACCCUCAGAAUUGGACCUUUUAUUGAAGCUGAAUGGACUUACGGGGGAUUACCAUUUUGGUUGCAUGACAUCCCAGGCAUUGUCUUUCGAUCUGAUAAUCAACCCUUCAAGGAUCACAUGCAGAGGUUUGUAUCCAAAAUAGUGAACAUGAUGAAGUCAGAGAAAUUAUAUGCUUCACAAGGAGGACCAAUCAUAAUAUCACAGAUUGAGAAUGAGUACCAAACAAUUGAAGCAGCUUUUCAUGAGAAAGGGCCAAGAUAUGUUCGUUGGGCUGCAGCUAUGGCCGUGAGUCUUCAAACUGGCGUUCCCUGGGUGAUGUGUAAGCAAAUGGAUGCUCCUGACCCAGUGAUAAAUACAUGCAACGGAAUGCAAUGUGGAGAAACAUUUGCAGGACCCAAUUCACCCAAUAAGCCAUCAAUGUGGACAGAAAACUGGACAAGUUUCUAUCAAGCAUAUGGUGGAGAGACAUACAUGAGAUCAGCUCAAGACAUAGCAUUUCAUGUUGCUUUAUUCAUUGCAAAAAAUGGAAGCUACAUAAAUUACUACAUGUAUCAUGGAGGAACCAAUUUUGGAAGAACAGCCUCCGCAUUUGUAAUAACAAGUUACUAUGAUCAAGCCCCCCUUGACGAGUAUGGUUUAAUUAGGCAACCAAAAUGGGGUCAUCUCAAGGAAUUGCAUACCACAAUAAAGUCAUGCUCAAAGACAUUACUUAAUGGAGCACACGAUACCUUCCCUUUGGGUAAACUACAAGAAGCUUAUGUUUUCAGAGGAAAUUCAGGGGAAUGUGUGGCCUUUCUGGUAAAUAAUGAUAUGAGAAAAGAUGUCAAAGUCCUCUUUCAAAAUAUUUCAUAUGAGUUGCCUCACAAGUCAAUCAGCAUUCUACCAGACUGCAAGACCAUAACCUUUAAUACAGCACAGGUAAACACACAAUCAAGUACAAGGUCUGUCAUAAAGAACCAGAAGUUCAACUCAAUAGAAAGAUGGGAAGAAUACAAAGAAACUAUUGCUACAUUUGAUAAGACUUCUUUAAGAGCAAAAACCUUGUUAGAUCACAUGAGCACAACAAAAGAUACGUCUGAUUAUCUUUGGUACACUUUCAGGUUUCAAAAUAACUUCUCUGAUGCUCAACCUGUAAUAAGAGCCCGUUCACAUGGACACGUUUUGCAUGCAUAUGUCAACGGAGUAUAUGCUGGGUCUGCUCAUGGAAAUCACAAGAAUACAAGUUUCACUCUGGAGAAUUCAGUUUAUUUGAGAAAUGGGACAAACAAUGUCGCCUUUCUUAGUGUAACAGUCGGAUUACCGGAUUCUGGAGCAUAUCUUGAGCGUAAGGUUGCAGGAUUACAUACGGUGAGGAUUCAACACAAGGAUUUCACUAACUAUAAAUGGGGAUAUCAGGUUGGGUUGUUAGGAGAGAAGUUACAAAUUUACACAGAUGAUGCAACAAAUAAAGUUCAAUGGAAUAAGUUUGGAAGCUCUACUUAUCAACCACUCAUAUGGUAUAAGACUCUGUUUGAUGCACCAUCAGGGAAUGACCCAGUUGCACUGAACCUUAGUUCCAUGGGAAAGGGUGAAGUUUGGGUUAAUGGCCAGAGCAUUGGCCGAUAUUGGGUCUCAUUUCACACACCCAAAGGAAAACCUUCCCAAACAAGGUACCAUAUACCUCGAUCUUUCUUGAGACCAACAGGCAACUUAUUAGUUCUACUAGAAGAAGAGAAAGGGUAUCCCCCUAGGAUUACUCUAGACACUAUUUCAAUCAGAAACAUCUGUGGACAUGUAUCUGAAUCACAUUCCUCAGCAGUUCAGCUCAUUUGUCCUCCAAAAAGGAAUAUUUCCAGGAUCCUAUUUGCAAGCUUUGGAACUCCUGUGGGUAGUUGUGGAAGUUAUGCCAUUGGAAACUGUCACUCAUCCACUUCUAGAGCCAUUGUAGAAAAGGUAUGCAUUGGGAAGAGGAAGUGUUCAAUCUUCCAAUCAAAUCAAUUUUUUGAUGGUGACCCGUGUCCAGGCAUCCCUAAAGCUCUGCUAGUUGAGGCCAAAUGCACAUGACAGAUAGGAGUUCUUUAUUAAGGUAGUCAACAAAUUUUAAAUUCAACCUUUUUAAAUUUAAAUGUAGAUGGACAAUGAAUCAUUUAGGGAUGUCAUCAUUAAUCUAGAUACUUGAGUCCUAUUCUCAAACUCUUCGUUUAUUUUCUUCUCUAGUAUAUAUCUUUUUUCAGUUCUA